AUUCCAACUUCCGGGACCGGGUGAGCCGAACUCCGGAAGUAGUCGAGAAAGCGGAGGCGCCCGAGUCUCAUCGUCUGCUGGUGUCGCCUUGGGUUAGUCGCCGCCAUGGGGAAGCGACAACACCAGAAGGACAAGAUGUACAUCACCUGCGCUGAGUACACUCACUUCUAUGGUGGCAGGAAGCCAGAUAUCACACAGACAAGUUUUCGCCGCUUACCUUUUGACCACUGUAGUCUCUCCCUGCAGCCUUUUGUCUACCCGGUCUGCACCCCUGAAGGCGUCGUCUUCGAUUUGCUGAACAUUGUUCCAUGGCUUAAGAAGUAUGGGACCAAUCCCAGCAAUGGAGAGAAACUUGACGGGAAGUCCCUGAUCAAGCUGAACUUUGCAAAGAACAAUGAAGGGCAGUACCACUGUCCAGUGCUGUACUCCGUGUUCACUGACAACACCCAUAUUGUGGCCAUCAGGACAACUGGCAAUGUCUACACCUAUGAGGCAGUGGAGCAGCUAAACAUCAAGGCCAAGAACUUGAGGGACCUAUUGACUGACGAGCCCUUUUCCAGGCAAGACAUCAUCACCCUGCAGGACCCCACCAAUCUGGACAAAUUCAAUGUUUCCAACUUCUUCCAUGUGAAGAAUAACAUGAAAGUCAUAGAUCCAGAUGAGGAAAAGGCCAAACAGGACCCGUCUUACUAUUUGAAAAAUACCAAUGCUGAGACCCGAGAGACGCUGCAGGAGCUCUACAGAGACUUCAAAGGAGACGAGGUGUUAGCAGCCACCAUGAAGGCACCUGAGAAGAGGAAGGCGGACCCCCUGAAUGCCGCCCACUAUUCCACAGGAAAGGUCAGUGCGUCCUUCACCUCCACUGCCAUGGUGCCUGAGACCACGCAUGAAGCAGCUGUCAUUGAUGAAGAUGUCCUGCGCUACCAAUUUGUGAAGAAGAAGGGCUAUGUGAGGCUCCACACCAACAAGGGUGACCUUAACCUAGAGCUGCACUGUGACCUGACACCAAAAACCUGUGAAAACUUCAUCAAGCUCUGCAAGAAACAGUAUUAUGACGGUACCAUCUUUCACAGGUCCAUCAGGAACUUUGUGAUCCAGGGCGGUGACCCGACAGGUACAGGCACAGGGGGAGAAUCGUACUGGGGCAAGCCUUUCAAAGAUGAGUUCCGCCCCAACCUUUCACACGCCGGCCGUGGGGUGCUCAGCAUGGCCAACUCGGGGCCCAACACCAACAAGUCUCAGUUCUUCAUCACGUUCCGCUCCUGCGCUUACCUGGAUAAGAAGCAUACCAUCUUCGGACGGGUUGUUGGGGGUUUUGACACGCUGACAGCUAUGGAGAAUGUGGAGAGUGACCCCAAAACUGACCGUCCUAAGGAGGAAGUAUGUAUAUGCACAACCACAGUGUUUGUGGACCCCUAUGAGGAGGCUGAUGCUCAGAUUGCUCAGGAGCGGAAGAAGACACAGCAGCAAGUGGAUCCAGAGGCCAAGGUCAAGAGCCAGCCCCCGCCUGGAAACCAGGGCCCCCAGACAUACCGCCAGGGGGUCGGCAAGUACAUCAACCCAGCAGCCACGAAGCGAGCGGCAGAGGAGGAACCAUCAACCAGCACAGCUGUCCCCACGGCCAAGAAGAAGCCCAGCCGGGGCUUUGGGGACUUCAGCUCCUGGUAGCAGCAGGCUGGCUUCAUGGACCCUGGCCACACUUAAAAGCUCCCUACAAGGUGGUGUCAGAGAAGCAUCAGCUCCCAGAAGCCAGGUCCUCAGGGCUCUGAACCCCUGACAGGUCCUCUGCUCCCAGUGGAUGCUGCCGGAGACUGUGCCCAUCCCUCCAAGAGGGCAAGCGCUCUGGAAAGCUGCUGUGUGACAACCACAGCUUUGUUCUGUCCCUCACAGACAUGCCACCAAGGGCUGACAGCUUCGGCCGGGGAACCGGGAAGCUGAGAGUGCUCUGUGCUUGAGCUUGGUGCUCCUGCUGCUACUCACGAUGAACUCUGAGCUGCUUCCAGGUCACCCACUGUCCAGUCAGCCUCACCCAGCAGUCUACGCUUGUCCCAAGGGGCAGCUGCAUCCUCUUCCACUCCUGUCUUCCAGGACAGAGGAUACAGCCCACUAGGGCUUGCAUUUCCACGGGUUGUGUAGAGCUUAAAUGGUAGCUUUUUAGACAGUAAUGACACUUGGAUUUUGAAACCUCCCUGAUGAGGUCAUCAGAAAAUAAAGGAUUUUUUUUAAAGAAAAAAA